CACACAGCAGGACAGGAGAACCUUGUCAUUGCUUCCAGCACAGACAUUAGAAGAAGAAGAAGGUGUUCGCAUCCACAUGUAGAUGUCCAAGUUCCCACAUGGAUAGUACCUGUAGUACCUGAGGCCCGGCAGGAGGAAGGACCCCCCUAGCCCGCCCCGGACAGCCAGCGGACCCAAGCAGGCGCGGCCAUCUUGGACUGACAGCCGUAGGCGGGUGAGCUAGAAGACUGGUUUCUUAGCUUGGCCUGGUCUCCUGCUCUCCAGAACAUUUUGUGAGUAGAAGUGAGAUGACAUGUGCUCCUCCUCAGCGCCCCCAGCUGGCCAGCAUGGAGCCUCACGUUCACGGCGAGAAGGAGGCGCUGCAGGAGUUCUUUGGCGGUUGGGACGUGAGUCGUGUUCUGGACAGUUCUGUUGCCGUGGAUACCAGCAUCCUGGAGCGCUACCUGUGCAGCGACUCAGACCCGAACACUUUUGUGCUUCCCGACUCUCCUCCUGACUCGCAGGCGUGCUCUCCUGAGCAGAUACCAGACCCCGCCUACAUCUCGACUGACCUCCCGCUGACCCACGACCCCGCCUUGGGUCUGGUUAGGUGUGUGUCCACAGCGGCCCCAUCCCCACAGCACUCAGGCAGAGUCUUGCUGCACUUGCAUCGACAUCAUCUUCCUUUGCCGCCAACGCACGACUACAAUAUCACCUGGGCCACUUCCGCCCCGCCCCCUGCCUCGUGCCUGCUAGGCUCCGCCUCCGCACUGAGGACCAGUUCGCCCGACAGUAAAAGGCGACGCCGACGAAGUGGCUCAGAGGACUCGUCGGCGGGACCGGAGUCGGCAUGCGAUGACGGGGAUGCGGUUCCCCGAGGACAUGGUCCGAGCGGCUCGUUGACGUGGGACAAAUUCCGUCCAAACGAGUGGAACGCCGCCAUGGACGCCAGCUACCAGACGCUGUGUCCCCCCGUCUUCCUGGUGGACACGGACAAGGGCUUUCACUACUCGCCGGCCGACGACGCUUUCAUCUGCCAGAAGAAGAACCACUUCCAGGUCACGGUUCACGUGGGCGUGGCUACAGAGCCUCGCUUCGUGCCCACGCCCCGUGGUGUGCAGCAGGUGGACCACUUCCUCAUCAGAGUGUUCGGGGUCAAGCUGGAAGCUCCCGAGCGUCAUGUGACCAUCGAGCAGUCGCAGGCCGACCGCAGCAAGAAACCGCUGCAGCCCGUCAGGGUGGCACUGAGCGGCGGGGGGGUCAGCAAGGUGACACUGGGCCGCCUCCACUUCAGCGAGACCACUGCCAACAACAUGAGGAAGAGGGGACGACCCAACCCGGACCAGCGGUAUUUUCAGAUGGUAGUUGGCUUGUACGCCGCCAUCAGAGAGGAAGAAGAGGAGAAGUCCUUCCUCAUGGCCGCCCUCGUAUCAGAGAAACUCAUUGUCAGGGCGUCAAACCCGGGUCAGUUUGAGACGGACAGCGACACCUUGUGGCAGUGCGGGGCGGUGCAGGACGCCGUGGUCUGUCACGGCCGCGUGGGCAUCAACACGGACGCCCCGGAAGAGGCGCUGGUCGUCCGCGGCAACGCCACCGUGACAGGCAGCCUCAUGCGGCCGUCAGACCGGCGGGCCAAGGAGAACAUCCAGGAGGUGGACCCGGAGAAGCAGCUGAGGACCAUCACGCAGAUGAGACUGGUGGAGUUCGACUACACGCCUCAGUUCGCCUCCAGCAUGGGGAUAGACCACACCCACCAGACAGGUCUCCUCGCUCAGGAGCUGAAGGAGCUCCUGCCGGCGGCCGUCAAGGAGGUGGGCGAGGUGACAUGUGGCGACGGCCAGAAGAUCGCCAACUUCCUGGUGGUGGACAAGGAGCAGAUCUUCAUGGAGAACGUGGGUGCCGUGCAGCAGCUCUCCAAAAUGGCCGACAACCUGGAGAGCCGCGUCACCGAGUUGGAGGUGUGGAAGCGACGCCUCGCCAAGCUCAAGAGCCUGACGGGAAGCCUGCGCUCCACCAGCACCGCGUCCGGGAAGGAAAGCGUCGCGUCCAACUCCCGCGCUUUCGACGCGCCGACAAAAGCGUCGGCCACGCGUGGCGGCCGUUGUGCGCCGCACGGAACCUUCCAGGCGUGCGUCUUGACGCUGUGCAUCGCUGUGGCCGUCUGCCUCAUCACCAUCGGCGCCCUCUACCUGCUCAGCCAAUCACAGCACAGCAACACGUCUGCCGGAUCAGCUCCACCCACCACCCCCACUGCCCCCCCGGCGCCCUGGCCCCCCGAUGUGCACUUCUGUGACCUGCUCUACUGCGACACGGUGUACUGCUGCCCCUCGCCAGCAGUGGGCCGCCGUGACACCAACCUCACCUCCAGCCAAUCGGACGUGGCCAACGACUUUUUCCAGAAGUUCCUCAGCGCCAAAGACUGGACAAACACCAGCAUGACGUCUUUCAUGAUCAAAGAGAACCAGCAGGUGAUUGACAGGCGCUACUGUGUGAGAGACGAGUGCGGACCCGACAGGUUCGUCUUCCAGGUCCCCAUCAGCCCGUUUGUGCCCGUCAACAUGCGAGUGACGCUCCUCAUGAAUUCCACACAGCUGCUGGUCGUCCACCUGUGUGCUUUCCAGGAGUCGUCCACGUGCACCAGCGUGCACAACAGAAGCCACGCCAGUGCCGGCAGAUACCCAUCAAACACUCAGGGGGAGCACGAGUGGCCUCUGCACGUCGCUCGUCUUCAUCACAGCUCCUAUCACUUCCGCUCCACGGUGGCCGGUCAAGCCGACUGCAGCACCGACCAUCACUUUGGGGGGGCGCUCUUCACAGACUACCACUUCUACUUCUACCGACGCUGCGCCGGCUGAGUGAAUGAGUGUAAAAGAUGUCGUAGCUCAGUGUGUAUAUAUAUUAAAAGACUACAUCCACCUCUUGUGUCGCCUCGGUGAGGGACAGCGCAACGUCUCACAGCAGGACGUCUUUCAGGACGGACGGGUGGACGCCGGUCACCUGUAGGCUUUGCUCCAGUCUGCUCAAGGUGGCGCGCUUGCCCUCGGAUCGUCUCCAUUGCAGCAGGGCAGCCAGCGCGGCGUCGUGACAGCUGAGGGCGUGAUCGGCCCGGCAGCGAAACAAGGCGGUGGCCGAGAAGCCCAGGUCCAUCAGCACCGCCUCCCACUCGCCGCCCAGACGGGACGCCAGACGUGACAGCUCACGGUCCGAAGGAACUUUCUCUCCGAGCGGGCGAGGAAGACGCCACGCGUCUGAGUGUAACGGAUGAAACAGGGCGGGUUACAUGAGAACAAACGUGAAGAAAGCGUGACAUAUCUCAAAUAACUAACAAAUAAGACACGUCACUCAUCCCUCCGUGUUUCAUUUAAGUAGCUUUCAAAAUAGCUAGACAGUAUCCACGCUUUUUUGGUGGUUAUUUUCCGUUGACCCUUAUUUUCAAACGCUAAUGUUUUGUCAAAAGAUAUUAAAAUACGUCUGGCAGAACAAGCGUCUAACUUGCUGACACAAACUAGCA